GCACAUCGUCUGCUGCUAGCUGCCUGCAGUGACUACUUCCGAGCAAUGUUCACUGAUGAGAUGUUGGAGCGACAGCAAGAGAACAUUGUGCUGCAUGGUGUCUCUGCUGUGGGUCUGGAGUCUGCUCUUGAAUAUAUAUAUUCUGGAUCUCUCAGCCUAGAGCCAUCCACAGUUCAGGACGUCUUGGAUGCGGCCUCUCACCUACAGCUGCCAGCUGUGCAGCAAGCCUGUGCUCGCUACCUACAGGACCACCUUGACGUAGACAACUGUGUGGAUGUAGCCAGCCUCGCCGAGACCUACAGCCUGACACAGUUGCGCGCCAAAGCUUACGCCGUGAUGUGCUCGCAGCUGCGGCGCUUCAGUGGCACUGCUGAGUUUCAGCGUCUCAGUGACUCUCAGCUCGUCCAGCUGCUCUGCUCUGACCAUCCUGUUGACUGCUCUGAAGGAGAGGUGGCGACGGCGGUGUCUCGAUGGCUGUCACACUGUCCAUCACGGGACAGGCACGCUCGUCACCUUCUGUCCUACGUCAACUGGAAGGAGGUCCCCGAGCCCGUGUCCAGAAGCCUGGCUCUCCCCUGCCCUCUACCCCUCCCUCUCCUUUCCCACCAACCCGCCCCUCCUAAAGGUCUCCUUAACACGCGCGGUCUGGAGCUGGCCAUUCUCAAAGUUGGAGGUUUCAGCAUCGCCGGCAUUACAAAUGAAAUAACGUACAGGCUCUCAGACAGCGGCUCCUGGCGCCACCUCACCACCAUACCGCACGUGGAGCAGUGCAACUUCGGCACCGCCGUGCUGGACAACGAACUCUAUGUUGUGGGGGGCUGCUUUGACCAGUCCUUACAGGAAAACAUUCACCCGUUCGGGUUCCGGUACAGCGCGCAGAGCGACAAGUGGAGCACCAUAGCGCCCAUGCUGCGCGAGCGCUGCCGUUUCUCUCUCACGGCGCUCGACGAGAAGCUCUACGCUGUAGGGGGAGAGUCUGAGGACACCCAAGCCACCACGGGCACGGAGUGUGAAGUGUACCAUCCUGAGGAGGAUGUCUGGCACCAGCUGCCCCAGCUAGGGUGUAGCAGAGCACAGCACGCAGCUGCAGCCCUCAACAGGUGUCUUUAUGUCACUGGGGGGCUGGACCUCACUCAGGACUCUGUGCUGAGCUCCUGCUGGGCUUACAGCACCGUCCAUCAGGUUUGGACCCGUCUGGCAGACAUGCCAACCCCGCGCGCGGACCACGCAGCGUUCGUGUACGACAACAGCGUGUGGGUGUGCGGUGGCUGGCACGAGGACAGCUCAGUUGGCCACCACGGCCGCCAGCUAGUGGCCACCGUUGACCGUUACGACGUGGCCACGGACACGUGGCAUACGGUCACUACUGUGCCCACGCCCCGUUACCAUGCCGGCGUGACCGUUAUAGGAUCACGGCUGCAUGUCAUGGGAGGGUUCUUAUCCGACGUGACGUUCGACCGUGCAACGGGCGUCAUCGAGACGUACGACUUGGAUACGGGCACGUGGCUUGUACAGACGCCGUACCCACGUGACAUCUGGGAGCACGCGUGCGUGUCUAUGCACGUGCCUCGCUGCCGUGACAAUAUGGCGGUCAUGCUGCACGUGAGAUAACACGUGUCGUCACGUGGCCGUCGUGCUGCACGUGAGAUAACACGUGUCGUGACGUGGCCGUCGUGUUGCACGUGAGAUAACACGUGUCGUGACGUGGCAGUCAUGUUGCACGUGAGAUAACACGUGUCGUGACGUGGCAGUCAUGUUGCACGUGAAAUAACACGUGUCGUGACGUGGCUGUCAUACUGCACGUGAGAUAACACGUGUCAUGACGUGGCUGUCAUACUGCACGUGAGAUAACACGUGUCAUGACGUGGCUGUCAUGCUGCACGUGAGAUAACACGUGUCGUGACGUGGCAGUCAUGCUGCACGUGAGAUAACACGUGUCGUGA